UCAGCCCCGGGCCGCUCCCGCAACCUGGCCCUCGCUCCACGGAGAGCCUGGCCCGCAGUCUGAUUCGGGGCCCCCUGGACGGGGAGAGGCGGGCCACCGGGAGGGGACCGGAGCGCGGCCAGAGGGCGGCCAGGCGCACAGACUGCGAGCCCCGGGGCAGUUACCCGCGCGCGCCGCUUUCCGGGCGCCCCGGCGCCAUGAGGCCCCCAGCCACCACCCGCUGCCCCGGGCGCGUCCUUCGGAACCCCUGGAGGAGCUUCUUGCCUCUCACCCUGGCUCUCUUCGUGGGCAUGGGUCAUGCUCAGAGGGACCCGGUGGGCAGAUACGAGCCGGCUGGAAGGGACGCGAGUCGGCUGCGGCGCCCCGGGGGCAGCCACCCCGCAGCAGCUACAGCCAAGGUGUACAGUCUGUUCCGGGAGCAGAACGUGCCCGUUCCGGGUUUGCCGCCCGCGGAGCGGACCCAACCUGGCUGGGGGAGCCCCAGCAGGCCCGCCGAGGCGGAGGCCAGGAGGCCACCCCGCGCGCAGCAGCCGCGGCGAGUCCAGCCACCUGCGCAGACCUGGAGAAGCCGGCCCCUGCGCCAGCAGCAGUCCGCACCCCGGGCCCGGGCCCCCCCGGCUCUCCCGCGCCUCGGGACCACGCAGCGGCCGCGGGCUGCGCGAGGGCGGCUAACGGGGAGGAAUGUCUGCGGGGGACAGUGCUGCCCAGGAUGGACAACAGCAAACAGUACCAACCACUGUAUCAAACCUGUGUGCCAGCCGCCCUGCCAGAACAGGGGCUCCUGCAGCCGACCCCAGCUCUGCGUGUGCCGUUCCGGCUUCCGCGGAGCCCGCUGUGAAGAGGUCAUUCCCGAGGAGGAAUUCGACCCCCAGAACUCCAGGCUGGCGCCCCGACGCUCAGCCGAGGGAUCUCCCAACCUGCGCAGGAGCAGCGCGGCCAGAGAAAGCACCGCAGCCAGAGCGCAGCCACCAGCACCACAGCCGCCGCUGGCCAGGACCCUGAGUGGGCUCAGCCAGACACACGCCACCCAGCAGCACGUGGGUCUGUCCCAGACUGUCCGACUUUAUCUGGCCACUGGGGCCAAUGGCCAGCUGACCUCCAAUGCCCUGCCCAUGGGGCCAGGCCCUGAACGGAAGGAUGGUGCCCAGCAGGCAGCAUAUCUGCACCACCCGUCAUCCUCCUGGGGGCUGAAUCUCACGGAGAAAAUCAAGAAGAUCAAGAUCGUCUUCACUCCCACCAUCUGCAAGCAGACCUGUUCCCACGGGCGCUGUGCCAGCAGCUGCGAGCGUGGCGACACCACCACCCUGUACAGCCAGAGCGGCCACGGGCAUGACCCCAAGUCUGGUUUCCGAAUCUAUUUCUGCCAGAUCCCCUGCCUGAACGGAGGCCGCUGCAUUGGUAGGGACGAAUGCUGGUGCCCCACCAACUCCACUGGGAAGUUCUGCCACCUGCCCACUCCCAAUCUGCACAGGGAGCCUCCAGGGAGGGGGGUCCGCCACAGGUCCUCGCCACAGGGCCCCCUGAAGCAGUCCACCUUCACGCUGCCUCUCUCCAACCAGCUGGCCUCUGUGAACCCCUCCUUGGUGAACGUGCACAUCCACCACCCGCCUGAGGCCUCCGUGCAGGUCCACCAGGUGGCUCGGGUACGGGGCGAGGUCGAGGAGGCCCCAGAGGAGAACAGCGUGGAGACCAGACCCUCGCCCUGGCUCCCCGCCAGCCCCGGCCAUGGUCACUGGGACAGCAACAGCAUCCCGGCUCGGUCUGGAGAGGUUCCUCGGCCACCACCCCCAGUGGUGCCCAGGACUCCGGCACUGCUGGGCCGGUGCUACCUGAGUGCUGUGAAUGGACAGUGUGCCAACCCCCUGCUGGAGCUGACUGCCCACGAGGACUGCUGUGGCAGUGUGGGAGCCUUCUGGGGAGUGACCUCCUGUGCCCCGUGUCCACCCAGACCAGCCUCCCCAGUGAUUGAAAAUGGCCAGCUGGAGUGUCCCCAGGGGUACAAGAGACUGAACCUCACUCACUGCCAAGAUAUCAACGAGUGCCUGACCCUGGGCCUGUGCGAGGACUCGGAUUGCGUGAACACCAGGGGCAGCUACCUGUGCACCUGCAGACCCGGCCUCCUGCUGGAUCCGUCCAGGAGUCGCUGUGUGUCGGACAAGGCCAUCUCCAUGCAGCAGGGGCUGUGCUACCGGUUGCUGGGGCCCAGCACCUGCACCCUGCCUUUGGCCCAGCGGAUCACCAAGCAGAUAUGCUGCUGCAGCCGAGUGGGCAAAGCCUGGGGCAGCAAGUGUGAGAAGUGCCCCGUGCCUGGCACAGAGGCCUUCAGGGAGAUCUGCCCUGCCGGCCACGGCUACACCUACUCAAGCUCAGACAUCCGCCUGUCCAUGAGGAAAGCCGAGGAGGAGGAACUGACAAGGGCCUCGAGGGAGCAGGGAAAGAAGAGCGAUGCGACCCUGCCCAGGCCAGCAGAGAGGCAGCCGCUCCGGGAGGCCACCGGCACCUGGCUGGAGGCCGGGACCACCCCUGACAAAGGUGACUCUCAGGCUGGCCAGGUCACAACCAGUGUUACCCAGCUAUCUGCCUGGGUCCCAGGAGAUGCCGUAGGAAGACCAACACCGCCACUGCCUGGACAGGGGAUCCCAGAGGCCCGGGAAGAAGAGCAAGUGACCGCCCCCACCGAUGUGCUGGUGACCCCGGCCCCGACAGGCAUUGACAGAUGUGCUGCUGGAGCCACCAACAUCUGUGGCCCGGGAACCUGUGUGAACCUCCCUGAUGGAUACAGAUGCAUCUGCAGCCCCGGCUACCGGCUGCACCCCAGCCAGGCCUACUGCACAGACGACGAUGAGUGUCUGGGGGACCCCUGCAAGGGGAGGGGGCGCUGUGUCAACCACGUGGGCUCCUACUCCUGCUUCUGCUACCCUGGCUACACGCUGGCCACCUCGGGGGCCACACAGGAAUGCCAAGACGUAGACGAGUGUGAGCAGCCUGAGGUGUGCAGCGGGGGGCGGUGCACCAACACGGAGGGUUCCUACCACUGCGAGUGUGACCAGGGCUACGUGAUGGUCAGGAAGGGACAUUGCCAAGAUAUCGACGAAUGCCAUCACCCUGGCACCUGCCCUGACGGGAGAUGCGUCAACUCCCCCGGCUCCUACACUUGCCUGCCCUGCGAGGAGGGCUACACGGGCCAGAGUGGGAGCUGUGUAGAUGUGAAUGAGUGUCUGACCCCUGGGGUCUGCACCCAUGGAACGUGCAUCAACCUGGAGGGCUCCUUUAGAUGCUCUUGUGAGCCGGGCUACAAGGUCACCUCAGACGAGAAGGGCUGCCAAGAUGUUGACGAGUGUGCCAGCCGGGCCUCGUGCCCCACGGGCCUCUGCCUCAACACGGAGGGCUCCUUCACCUGCUCGGCCUGCGAGAGUGGGUACUGGGUGAAUGAGGACGGCACCGCCUGCGAAGAUGUGGAUGAGUGUGAAGAACCCCAGAGCAGCUGCCUGGGAGGCGAGUGCAAGAACACGGCUGGCUCCUACCAGUGCCUCUGUCCCCCGGGCUUCCAGCUGGCCAAUGGCACCGUGUGUGAGGACGUGGACGAGUGCGUGGGAGAGGAGUACUGCGCACCGCGCGGCGAGUGCCUCAACAGCCACGGGUCCUUUUUCUGUCUCUGCGCCCCCGGCUUUGCCAGCGCAGAGGGCGGCGCCAGCUGCCAGGAUGUGGACGAGUGUGCAGUCACUGACCGGUGUCUCGGGGGGCAAUGUGUCAACACUGAGGGCUCCUUCAACUGUCUGUGCAAGACUGGCUUCCAGCCCUCCCCAGAGAGCGGGGAGUGUGUGGACACUGAUGAGUGUGAGGACUUCGGCGACUCAGCGUGUGGGGCCUGGAGGUGUGAGAACAGCCCCGGUUCCUACCGCUGUGUCCCAGGCUGCCAGCCCGGCUUCCACUUGGCCCCGACUGGAGACUGUGCUGACAUAGACGAGUGUGCCAACGACACCACGUGUGGGAGCCACGGCUUCUGCGACAACACCGACGGCUCCUUCCGCUGCCUCUGUGACCAGGGCUUCGAGACCUCGCCCUCUGGCUGGGACUGCGUCGACGUGAAUGAGUGCGAGCUCAUGCUGGCGGUGUGCGGGGCGGCACUCUGCGAGAACGUGGAGGGCUCCUUCCUGUGUCUCUGCGCCAGCGACCUGGAGGAGUACGAUGCUCAGGAGGGGCGCUGCCGACCGCGGGUGGCUGGAGGUCAGAAGAUCCCUGAGGCCCCGCCAGGGGAACACCCCCCAGGCCCCAUCCGCAUGGGAUGCUACUCUGGGCAAAAGGGCCAGUCGCCCUGCUCCAGCCUUCUGGGCCGGAACACCACGCAGGCCGAGUGCUGCUGCACCCAGGGCACCGGCUGGGGAGAUGCCUGUGAUCUGUGCCCAGCCGAGGACUCAAUCGAAUUCAGCGAGAUCUGCCCUAGUGGGAAAGGCUACAUCCCUGUGGAAGGAGCCUGGAUGUUUGGACAGACCACGUACACAGAUGCCGACGAGUGUGUGAUGUUUGGGCCCGGUCUCUGCCAGAACGGCCGGUGCCUCAACACGGUGCCUGGCUACAUCUGCCUGUGCGAUCCUGGCUACCACUACGAUGCGGCCCGCAGGAAGUGUGAGGAUCACGACGAGUGCCAGGACCUGGCCUGUGAGAAUGGCGGGUGUAUGAACACGGAAGGCUCUUUCCACUGCUUCUGCAGCCCACCCCUCACCCUGGACCUCAGCCAGCAGCGCUGCGUGAACAGCACCAGCGGUGCGGAGGACCUGCCUGACCAUGACAUCCACACGGACAUCUGCUGGAAGAAAGUCACCAAUUACGUGUGCAGCCAUCCCCUGCACGGGCGCCACACCACCUACACCGAGUGCUGCUGCCAGGACGGUGAGGCCUGGAGCCAGCAGUGUGCUCUGUGCCCCCCCAGGAGCUCUGAGGUCUACGCUCAGCUGUGCAACGUAGCCCGCAUUGAAGCGGAGCGGGAGGCCGGGGUCCACUUCCGGCCCGGCUAUGAGUAUGGCCCUGGGCCCGAGGACCUGCACUACAGCCUCUAUGGCCCAGACGGGGUCCCCUUCUACAACUACCUGGGCCCCGAGGACACCAUCCCUGAGCCACUCUUCCCCAACAUGGCCAGCCGCCCAGGGGAUCGCACGCCGGUCCUUGAGCCUCCCCUGCAGCCCUCAGAACUCCAGCCCCACUACGUGGCCAGCCACCCAGAGCACCAGGCCGGCUUUGAAGGGCUUCAGGCGGAGGAGUGCGGCAUCCUGAACGGCUGUGAGAACGGCCGCUGCGUGCGCGUGCAGGAGGGCUACACCUGUGACUGCUUUGAGGGCUUCCAGCUGGACACGGCCAACAUGGCCUGUGUGGAUGUGAAUGAAUGUGAUGACUUGAACGGGCCUGCAGCACUCUGUGUCCACGGUCACUGCGAGAACACGGAGGGCUCCUACCGCUGCCGCUGCCCCCCAGGUCAUGUUGCCGAGGCAGGCCCCCCACGCUGCACCGCCAAGGAGUAGCAGCGAGGGGUCAGUGCAGGCAGUUACCUGGAAAUGGGCCCUGGCCACAGGCGGGGCCUUGAGGAAGCUUUCCUGGUUGGGGAGACGACGUGAAGACACCGGGCAGGAGGCCCUGCAGCCAGCCUCACCUGCUUUUCAUCUCCCCCAGCUUCGGCUCUGGCUGUGAGCUUCUGUCACCACCUCCACACCGCCAUGCCCUUGCUUGGCUCAAACACCACCAAAUGCUUUAAUGCUUCAACCACUGGCCGUGAGGCCCAGUCUGCCAUCUGUCCUGGCCUUGCUAUGGGAUGCUUACCAAAGGAUGGCCCUGAACCAGCCCCUCAAGCUGUGCAAACAUGCAAGGUCCUUCGGCCUCACACUGCACACACCCUUUUCCAGCCAUGAUCCACGUAUCAUCCUGAUGAUUCCACACCUGGAUCAGAGGCUAUAUCUGCCCUGGGAUGGUCCUUCAGAAUCUAUCAAGCAAAAAAGGAUUGGGGGGAGUUUGGGGAGUGACUCCAAUGCCUCCUCCCAAGAACCAUCACCACCACUCAGCAAAUCUGGUCUGGGCCAGCUGUGCCACAUCUCCACCUUGUUGCCAGUUCUGUGGCCCUGGGGAGGGGCAGAAGAUCCCCUCAUCUCAGAGAAGCAAGACUGAUACUAUACUGCUAGUAAGAGACACAGAUGAAGGGAAGCAAGGAGCCUAAGCAGCAAAAAGGCAACGCAAAAAAAUAUGGGGAGUUGAU